AUGUUUGGAGAUGAUUCAAAUGCCGUGGGACAGACAAGUGACGGCGGUACAAUGUCGCCUAUUAGCACAAAAUCAUCAACGUCCAGCCCGUCUCUCUCUCUCGCACCGGAUCAUCAGCACAGCCUAAAGCGCCAACAAGACCGCGCUCGCAGAGACUCACGCCUCAACGCAAGGUUACGCCGCCACAGUAACGCUUCCUUUGUCGAUUCAGCCAUGAUGAGCCCGACCGAUGCAAUCGGGAAUCUCGGACUUGCUUCCUACAGCCCGACAACUCACACGGCUGGGCCGUUGAUAGCUGAGUCGCCCCAGCUCAUGCCAACAUCGUCAUACGUACCAUCUUACAACCUGGCCUCGGAGCAUUCGCAUGGCUACUCGCUUCCGUAUCAACAACCACUUCCGCAAUCAUACCAUCUCCCCAUGGAUUACUCAAACGGCUACAUCGGUGCGAACGAAUUUGGCAACAUGAGACAAAACCAUCCGUCUGCGUCCUCGGUGCCUCACACUCAGGAGAGCAGCCUACUCUAUCAAAUGCCAACAAGCCCUUCUGCGACUCCCCACGAUGCUUCUCCACCUGGACUUGCAUCGAGCCGGCCGAAGCCACGAUGCUGGGAGCAUGGAUGUAACGGACGUCAGUUUUCUACAUUUAGCAACUUGCUACGUCAUCAGCGAGAAAAGUCUGGCCAAGCAACCAAAUCAACCUGUCCCAACUGCGGUGCGGAAUUUACCAGGACAACGGCGCGGAAUGGGCAUAUGCUACACGACAAGUGUAAGCGAAGAACUACCGGCAGCAGCAGUGCCUGA